UCUUCGUACUUAAGCAUCGCCAUCUGCAGAUUCGAUCUCGUUGGCGUAUCCCCGGCCCUGUUUUUUUCCCUCCUCCCAACGUCUUCCUGUGGAGGUUUUGCGAGCGCCUCUGACCCAUCUGCCGGCCGCCUCCAACGCCAUCGACGACACCAAAGCCCGCCGAUAGACUUUCCAAGGGCUCUGGAGAAUUUGUGGUUGAUCUGCUUUCGCAAGGACUGGAACGAGGAAUUUCACCGCCGGCUUUUUAUAUCUAGCAACUUGGGAGGAAACAAUUUUUCAGAUACUUCUUUGUGGUUCUUGCUCUUCGUCGUCUUCUUCUUCUUCUCCUCCUCUCUCAAAAGCACGAGCCAUCACAUACGGAGGACAUCAUCACCUAUAAUACGGACACGCGCGACAAUUCUGCAACGUUCAGCGACUGAAAAUUCUACAGACCAGCAGAAAGGCAGGGAAAAUGUCUGACAAGCAGGAGAACGACGGCGUUGAUGUCACUCAGACCGAGAGCAGGACCUAUCAGGAGGUCCCGCCCAAGACCAAGAAGCAUACGGUUGCCCGUCAUUGCAAGCGUUUCUGGUGGGCGUAUCUGAUUGUACUCAUCUGCAUCGUCGUUCUCGUUGUCUGUUUAGUCAUCUUUGUUGGUGUGCCCAAGAUUGCCCAGAGCAAGGUCAACGAUGCCAAGCUGGAAGUCCAGGGCGUAAACGUCCUCAACACCAAGCCUGACAGCAUCAAGCUGGAAAUCAACUCUACCAUCACCACCGAUGGCUCCAUCAGCGCAAAGAUUGAUCCCUUUGACGGCGUCAUGUACCUCGAGGAUCUCCCCGACCACACGCCUUUCCUCAACAUCUCCUUCCCUGCCACCAACGGCGACAAGCACCAGCAGGUCAACAUCAGCCAGGAGAUUCAGAUCCAGAACCCCGAUGCUUUCAACACGUUCAACAUCUGGUUUGCUGCCAACAAGACCCUCAACGUUACAAUCGAGGGCCGAACCAAGGUGAAGCCGUCUGGCCUGUCCACCAAGUCUAGCGUUACCUUCAAGAAGACAAUUACCAUGAACGGCCUCAACCUGUUCGAUGGUCUCUCGGUCGAUAACGCCAAGAUCAACAUGGCUGCUAAGAAGGGCCAGCCAAACUUCACCGGCCUUUCCGAUAUUCCCAACGCCUCCUACUUCACUCUCGAUAUUGGCAACGCUACCUUCACCAACUUCAUCGACGGCACUGACAUUGGCAACUUCACCAUCCCCAACCUUCUCCUGGUCCCUGGCAGCAACAAGGUCCCCAUUAGUGCUAUUCUUGAUCAGGUCAAGGUCCUCGACGCUGUUCGAAGCCCCAAGUACUGCAAGACUGGAAUUGUCGACAUCAAGCUCCGGGGCUCUGCCGUUCGCAAUGAUGGCCAGACGCUCCAGUAUUUCCUCGACGCUCUCUCUGCCAACAACCAGACCCUUACUCUCGACAUUGGUAAAAUCAUCAAGGAGUCUCUCGGCACCUCCGUCGGCUGCUCCAGCUCCAGCUAAACGACGGAUCGAUCGCAGUCAUACCUAUUGACAAACUCGCUAUGACAAAUUUUUUUCUAUUCUUUCUCAUACCGUCCGUGGAUGGUGUCCGGUGAAGGAGGAAUCUUUGAUUUUGAGCUUUUGUUGGAUAUUGCCAGAAAAAAAACCCACUUCUUGCCGGUGGAUGAUGUGCGCUAUCGCGUAACUCGACGCAGAGGACCAGAUCCCACUUCACUCAAUGAGUGAUCUUGUCUUGUCUUCAAAGAGAAUGGGAACCAACAGGAAUAUGUGUGAUGAAGCCUCCGGUUGCAG